AUGCUAACCAUUCUCGCCAUCAGGGUCAAAUCGCAAAAGUACCUGAGCCGACUCUGGAAGCCCUCUGGGGGACUGCUGUCUGUUUUUGGCUUCUGCAUCAAAGUGAAGCCUUUCUCGAACCUAGCCGAAGCACAUGCAAUGCAGUUCGUUGCCCAACAUACCUCAUCCCCCAAGAUGGACGGAGAGAUAGCCGCGAGUGGCUGGCUCUCGCGCACCGAGGAAAGCAAGAGACGGAUUCUAGAUCAGCUAAGGAGCAUGGUUUCCGAGCUUCGCACUAUACAACCACCGGAGGGGAUGGGUGUUGCCAAUGUCAAUGGCGGCCCUUUCUACGACUGUCGCCUAGCUUCAAAACUGCUCUGGGGCCCAUUUAGCACUGUCUGCGAAUUCCAUAGGGCGCUGGCGAACGAGCCUGAUCUGGAUGCCAACUUUGAAAAGCUUCCUCCCGACCUAGUCGAGCUUUUGACGUACUACAAACGACCUUGCAAUACCCUGGUCUUUACACACGGCGACCUGAGUAGCUUGAACAUACUGGUGCGGGGAGACGAUGUGGUGGGCAUUAUUGACUGGGAAACAUCGGGCUGGUCUCCGUCCUACUGGGAAUACACGUGUGCCUGGAAUGUUAAUUCAUAUAAUCCAUUCUGGCAACAGGAGGUAGGCAGAUUCUUGACGCCGGCACCUCACGAGCUGCGAAUGGAUAGCAUACGGCGCAAGUAUUUCCCCCCUUUCUGA